AUGAGACCAUUCAGUUCAUUUCAAGUUGUAUUGGUUAGUUUGGGACUCUUCCUUGUAGCUUGUGAUGCCUUUGCAUCCAAUGAAGUUUAUGCUCUCUCUACCUUCAAGGAAGCUAUAUAUGAAGACCCAUUUCUGGUUUUGUCAAAUUGGAAUGCCCUAGAUGCAGAUCCUUGUGAGUGGUCUGGAAUUUCCUGUUCCUUUGCUGGAGAUUUUGUGGUAAAAAUUAACAUUUCUGGGGCGUCUUUGAAGGGUUUUCUUGCACCUGAACUGUCUAUACUCACUUCCCUGCAAGAACUAAAUCUUCAUGGGAAUUAUCUGAUUGGUGUAAUACCUAAAGAAAUUGGCAUGCUGAAAAACCUCAAGCUCUUGGAUUUGGGCAUGAACCGGCUAUCAGGACCUAUUCCUGCUGAGCUUGGGAAUUUGACCAGCAUUGUGAAAAUAAACCUUCAAUCAAACGGGUUGACUGGGAGAUUGCCAGCUGAGCUUGGCAAUUUGAAAUACCUCAAGGAACUUCUGCUGGAUCGAAAUAAGCUUCAAGGAGCUGUCCCUGGAAGUAAUGGCUCGGACUAUGCGCCCAAGCUGCAAGGGCUGUAUGUCUCAAGUGGGAACCCAACAGGCUUCUGUCGCUCAUCUCAACUAAAAAUUGCAGAUUUCUCAUACAACUUUCUUACCGGGAGCAUACCCAAGUGCUUGGGGUAUCUUCCGAGCUCAAGCUUUCAAGGGAACUGCCUUCAAGACGGAGAUCCCAAACAACGCCCUACUAUUCAAUGUGGUAAUGCUCCACCUGCCAAAAGCCAUCCUGGAGUCGAAGUAAAACACCGGCCUGUUGAAGAUCGAUCCAAACAUGAGGCUGCUUCAAAACCUGCCUGGCUUUUAGCCCUGGAAAUAGUCACAGGAGUUAUGGUGGGUUCUCUCUUUCUUGUGGCGCUUCUCACUACUCUUCAGAAAUGCAAAAAGAAACCUUCUAUUAUUAUUCCAUGGAAGAAAUCAGCGAGUGAGAAGGACCACAUGGCAUUUUGUAUAGGUUGGGCUCAACGAUAUCUGCUAAUCUGCAUUUUCAAUUUCAGAAGUGUUAUUCUCAAUGCUGAUAAUAUUUAUUUGGUGGGGUUACCUUACAGAUAUGGAAUUGUUGAAGGAUGUAGUGAGAUUCAGCAGACAAGAACUUGA